AUGACCACACCAACCCCCCAAACCUGGACCCUCCGCCUAAAAUCCCACAAAACAACCGUUCUCCUACACAUCGACCCCUUGCACACCUUCUCCACCAUAAAAUCCGCCCUAUACUCCGCCCUCGAGCAAACCGAACUCCGCCACCCAGACACCGGCGCCGCAAUCCCCCUCCCACCUUCUCCCUCAGACAUCCAGCUUGGGCGCCCGCUCAACAUCAACGACGCGCACGAGGGGUUCAAGCUGGGGGAGUGGGAAUAUAGUAGUUCUUUUGAUGAAGGGGUGGGGGAGGAGGUGGAGGGGAAAGGGAAGGGGAAAGCGAAAGCGACAGGAGCUGGGGGGAAGGGAGUGGCGAGUGCGAAGAUGUGUCCGAAGGGGGCGGGACUAAAGGAUGGGGCUGUGCUGGCGUUUCGGUGGGUGGGGGAUGGGAAUUGGGAGGGUGAGGAAGAGGAGGAUGAGGAUGAGGAUGGAGAGGGUGGGGGGAGAGGGAGGGAAGGGGAUAUGUGGGGGGUUAGGUUGGCGAGUUUUGAGGAUGCGUAUGGGGUGGAGAAUGAGGGGGAUGUUGGGGGUGGGAGGGAGUUUGAGGGCUGA